AUGUUGGUGAACCCUGGUAGAUCUUACUUCCUAGUAAGUUUUGGAAUCAGUCCACCUCUGUCAGGAGUAGAUAUGUUGGUGAACCCUGGUAGAUCUUACUUCCUAGUAAGUUUUGGAAUCAGUCCACCUCUGUCAGGAGUAGAUAUGUUGGUGAACCCUGGUAGAUCUUACUUCCUAGUAAGUUUUGGAAUCAGUCCACCUCUGUCAGGAGUAGAUAUGUUGGUGAACCCUGGUAGAUCUUACUUCCUAGUAAGUUUUGGAAUCAGUCCACCUCUGUCAGGAGUAGAUAUGUUGGUGAACCCUGGUAGAUCUUACUUCCUAGUAAGUUUUGGAAUCAGUCCACCUCUGUCAGGAGUAGAUAUGUUGGUGAACCCUGGUAGAUCUUACUUCCUAGUAAGUUUUGGAAUCAGUCCACCUCUGUCAGGAGUAGAUAUGUUGGUGAACCCUGGUAGAUCUUACUUCCUAGUAAGUUUUGGAAUCAGUCCACCUCUGUCAGGAGUAGAUAUGUUGGUGAACCCUGGUAGAUCUUACUUCCUAGUAAGUUUUGGAAUCAGUCCACCUCUGUCAGGAGUAGAUAUGUUGGUGAACCCUGGUAGAUCUUACUUCCUAGUAAGUUUUGGAAUCAGUCCACCUCUGUCAGGAGUAGAUAUGUUGGUGAACCCUGGUAGAUCUUACUUCCUAGUAAGUUUUGGAAUCAGUCCACCUCUGUCAGGAGUAGAUAUGUUGGUGAACCCUGGUAGAUCUUACUUCCUAGUAAGUUUUGGAAUCAGUCCACCUCUGUCAGGAGUAGAUAUGUUGGUGAACCCUGGUAGAUCUUACUUCCUAGUAAGUUUUGGAAUCAGUCCACCUCUGUCAGGAGUAGAUAUGUUGGUGAACCCUGGUAGAUCUUACUUCCUAGUAAGUUUUGGAAUCAGUCCACCUCUGUCAGGAGUAGAUAUGUUGGUGAACCCUGGUAGAUCUUACUUCCUAGUAAGUUUUGGAAUCAGUCCACCUCUGUCAGGAGUAGAUAUGUUGGUGAACCCUGGUAGAUCUUACUUCCUAGUAAGUUUUGGAAUCAGUCCACCUCUGUCAGGAGUAGAUAUGUUGGUGAACCCUGGUAGAUCUUACUUCCUAGUAAGUUUUGGAAUCAGUCCACCUCUGUCAGGAGUAGAUAUGUUGGUGAACCCUGGUAGAUCUUACUUCCUAGUAAGUUUUGGAAUCAGUCCACCUCUGUCAGGAGUAGAUAUGUUGGUGAACCCUGGUAGAUCUUACUUCCUAGUAAGUUUUGGAAUCAGUCCACCUCUGUCAGGAGUAGAUAUGUUGGUGAACCCUGGUAGAUCUUACUUCCUAGUAAGUUUUGGAAUCAGUCCACCUCUGUCAGGAGUAGAUAUGUUGGUGAACCCUGGUAGAUCUUACUUCCUAGUAAGUUUUGGAAUCAGUCCACCUCUGUCAGGAGUAGAUAUGUUGGUGAACCCUGGUAGAUCUUACUUCCUAGUAAGUUUUGGAAUCAGUCCACCUCUGUCAGGAGUAGAUAUGUUGGUGAACCCUGGUAGAUCUUACUUCCUAGUAAGUUUUGGAAUCAGUCCACCUCUGUCAGGAGUAGAUAUGUUGGUGAACCCUGGUAGUUCUUACUUCCUAGUAAGUUUGGGAUUUAAUGUUCUACUCUCAAAUUAUUCCCACAAAAUCAAGACCACAAUGCAAAAAUGA